AUGAAAGACACGUCCGACAGCACUUCAAUCGACUCGACCCUGACAGCCUUGGACAACUAUGUCCUGCUGGGCAACUCUGGACUGCGAGUCAGUCCUCUCUGUCUCGGAGCCAUGACCUUUGGCGAAGAAUGGGUAACCUUCACCGAUGGCUUUGGAAGCAACAAGGAGGCAUCCAAGAAGAUUUUUGACAGCUACCACGAAAAGGGUGGCAACUUUUACGAUACAGCCAACAUUUACACCAACGGCGACUCGGAGCGCUUCUUGGGCGAGUACAUUGCAGACAAGAGGAGCGAGUGCGUUAUUGCGACAAAGUACUCCAUUAACCCUUCGUCUACCGAGGCCUUGGCUGGUCGUUUUUCCCGUCCCAACCCCAACGCAGGCGGUAACCACAGGAAGAACUUGGUCGAGUCGCUGGAUGCCAGUUUGAAGCGAAUGGGAACAGGAUAUGUCGACAUUCUGUAUGUACAUUUGUGGGAGUACAGGACCCCUGUUCGUGAGGUCAUGCGAGCAUUGGAUGACACUGUUCGGUCUGGCAAGGCUUUAUAUGUGGCUGUCAGCGACACACCCAGCUGGGUCGUCUCCUCUGCAAAUACAAUGGCAGAACUGCGUGGAUUGACACCAUUUAUUGGAUUCCAGACCCGCUACAACCUUCUCAAUCGAUCACUCGAAUCUGACAUCCAACCCAUGUCUGCCGAACACGGUCUCGGUAUCGUCCCCUGGUCCAUCCUCGCCGAGGGCUUCCUGUCCGGAAAACACACCAAGGAGCAAGCGACCAAAGUCGAGAGCAAGCGCAAGGGCCAAGUCCAGACACACUUCAAGCGACCCGAGAACUGGAAGAUCCUGGAGGAGGUCAAGGAGAUAGCCAAGGAAUGCAACAGAACUCCCGCCCAGGUGGCUGUCAACUGGACGCUUCAGAAGCCCGGUAUUACUUCGCCCUUGAUCGGUGUGCGGACCUUGGAGCAAUUGGAUGAUAAUCUGGGUGCGCUCGAGUUUACGCUUUCUCCGGAGCAGAUGGCGAGGUUGGAUAGGGUGAGUAACCCGAAGGAGUGGCCGUUCCCGCAGGAUGUUGUGCGUAAUUUGGACAAGUUUACGGGAGUUGGGAUUGAGAUUGAGAUGCCGGAGAGGUAUAAGGCUGUCCAGGGUCUGCUUACCAGCAAGAUCUAA